AUGAAUCCAUCAAAAUUGAGUAAUUCAGAAUUGGGAAAUUUCGAUAAAUAUAUAGAAGAUCUAUAUAAUGGUUUAUUAUUAAGUGAAAAUGAUGUAAAACUAAUGUGCUAAAAAGUGUUAAUAUUUGCAUUAUUAAUCAGGCUAAAGAAAUACUAGUUGAUGAACCUAAUAUUGUAGCAGUAAGAGCACCAUUAACAAUAUGCGGUGAUAUACAUGGUUAAUUUCAUGAUCUAAUCGAAUUGUUUCGUAUUGGAGGCAGAUUACCAGUAUUUUAAGAAAUAAUAUUAAGGAAACAAAUUAUCUCUUUCUAGGUGAUUAUGUAGAUCGUGGUUCCUAAAGUGUUGAAACCUUUAGUCUUAUACUUUGUCUAAAAAUACGAUACAAAGAUAGGUUGACUGUAUUAAGAGGUAAUUAGUAAUAUUAGGAUAGGUAAUCAUGAAAAUAGAGAAAUUAAUAAGAUUUAUGGAUUUUAUGAUGAAUGUUAAAGAAAGUAUGGAAAUGAGAUUGUAUGGAAACAUUUUACAGAUGUAUUUGGUUAUUUACCAUUGGUGGCAAUAGUUGAAAAUAGCGUAAAUAAGCAUUUCUAUUAUUAGAUUUUUUGUACACAUGGUGGUCUAUCACCAGCAAUAGAGACAGUUGAUCAAAUCAAAUAAUUAAAUAGAAUUUAAGAUAUACCUCAUGAUGGUGCAAUUUGUGAUUUAUUAUGGAGUGAUCCAGAAGAAACUAAGAUGGGAUGGGGUGUUUCACCUAGAGGUGCAGGAUGGACAUGGGGUUAAGAUAUAACAGAUAAAUUUUUGCAUCAAAAUAAAUUGAAAUUGAUUGCCAGAGCACAUUAAUUAGUAAUGGAAGGAUUUUAGCAUGUUCAUCAACGAAAAACUGUUACAAUAUUCUCAGCUCCAAAUUAUUGUUAUAGAUGUGGAAAUUAAGCUUGCAUUGUAGAAGUUGAUGAUUAGCUAAAAAUGAGUUUGUAAAUUAAUUAACUAUAAAAGCUCAUAAUAUGAACCUGCUCCAAGAGAUAAUGAACCUUAAACCACCAGAAGAGUACCAGAGUACUUUUUAUGA